AUUUUGGCAGCAUUUCAAACCUGAUGAAAAAACGAUUUUUUCUUGUGUUAUAUGUGAAGUUCAUGAGUUUUCUGACAUGCGUUUAUUGCCACUGGCUUUAACAAGUUUACAUUUUUGUUCUGUGGUAUUCGGAAGUUAUGAAGAAUAUGUAAUAUUAUCAGACAAUUCUGAUUACUGCAAAGGUCAAUCUGGUUUCAGACGGUUUUCGCUUUCCAGGCAGAUGAGCUUUGUCACCGGAUCAUAUAAUUCCUCAUGGAACAAUUUACUAUAUGCUUGUAAGAUAAAAGUAUAUCCAAAUGGAAGACUUCUCCACUAUUCUUAUCCUGAAGGACAUACGUCAUACUGGUUUCAUAGACUAAGAGUUUCUAUUAAUUUUACUUCUUGCAAUGAUUUCUUAACUGUUGGGUUCAUACCGGAAGAGAUCACACAACCUACUCUACUUCCAUAUGAGUUAAAUUUAACCUGUACAUCUGAAUUUCCACAAAUUAUUGAUUCAAUGCAUCGUAUUGUUUCAUUGGUUUGGCAUACGGAAUCCGGUUCCGUUGAGGAAGUAAAAUCUGAACUAGAUGUCCAAAUGUCAGCAUAUAUGCGUUUCGAGGGAACUUUCAGUCUUGUUGAGAAAAUGCGUCGAUGUGAAGUAGGCUCAGGAUUUUGGUGUGGAAAUGAAACUGCUGUUUGUGUUUAUGGUCAAAUGCGUUGUGAUCAAGCAGAUGGUUGCUUCGAUGGAGGAACUGAUGAAAUCGGUUGUCCACCUAUUCGUAAUUAUACAUAUGUUCAUCCAAGACGUCCUUUGAACAGUUGGUCAGUGUAUCUACCAUGGACAGCUUUAGGACUAAUUCCUUUGAUAUUAAUAUUUGCUUUGGGACUUAUUUGUGCACCUCGAAAAUCUCUUGAUGAACUUGAUGAUGAUUAUACAAGUCAAGAAGAAGGUGAAUGUUUAAAAACUAUAUUCUCACCAAUGACUUCUUCAUCAACAGCUUCACCUAAUUUAUCUGAAUCCAGUUGUUCACCUAGAUCUAUUCAAUCGAUUGCUGCUUGUUCUACUGGAGACAAAGUUAUUGUUUGUACAUCCAAAUUAACCCGGUCACUGUCUCAUCCUAGUCUAUCUGAUAUGAUGCACACAACAGUUGUGGAUAAUGUUUCUUCUAAACAAAAAUCAUGUCUUUUAAGUUCACAAGUUAAUAACGAACAUGAAGAUGAUUCUUUGUAUCUUCAACAGAAAAGCCAGACAAAUUAUCCUGAGAGUUGUGAAUUUCUUUUAGAUAAUGUUAAUAAUAAUGAUAAUAAUAUUCAUGAAAAACGAAAUUUUACGUCAGAAGGUUCAACUGUCAAUUUUAAUGGAAUUCUUAAACCAUCUAAAUAUAGAGUUGUUACUUUUCAACUACCUGAAUCAUCUGAAGAAAAACUAAUUAUGGAUUCAAACCAUGACAGCAUAGAAUCAGAUUUAAACUUUCAAAAACAGAAAAGUCAUGAAGAAUCAAUGUUUCUACAUAAAACACAACAAAAUCCCAGGAAUACUAUUUCACGUCAAUCAAAAUCUAUUAAAUCUGACAAUCCAGCAAUAUCAGAAUGUUUUGAAAUGAAUUCUUUAACAGUAGGAAAAUCUCCUAAUGAAUUAGGAAUUAAAACUAAUCCUAAUUUUAAUUCUGAUUCUGUUAAUUCGGAGAUUUGUACUUCAAAUGCAUUUACAAUUAAACAACCAUAUAAGAAUUAUCACUCAAAUUCAGUUUCUCAAUUACAAACUAACAAUUCAAAAAAUAUUGUCAAUCAUCAUCUAAACAACAAGAAUUCCAAUCUAUCUCAGUCAAGUUCAUCUGAAAGUGAUCGAGAAGAUGUUACACCUUUCAGACGGACAGAUAAUUCUAUUCUAACUAAUCAUUGGCAUAGUAAUCACAAUAAUCACAAUAAUAAUAAUAAUCUAAAAUCAAAUGGUGUACAGAUUAGAAUUGAGAAUGAAAGAUACUCUGUCAAUGAGAGGCAAAACUUUGUAUGAUGAUCAACAAACACAUAGUAUUAUAAUCGUCAUCAUUUUCUCCAUUAUUACAAUAACACGAAGCCUACUGACAUCAGCCUAUUGUUGACAAUAGCAACAACAAAGUUGUACUGACCAGAUACUACUAUUUUAAAAUGAAAUCAUUGUAUAUAAAACUAUUGUACAAUCAGAGAAUGAAGUAUUAUUAACUUGUGAUCUUUUUUUUUUUUCUAAAAAAAUUUUGCUUAUAUUGUAUUGUCAUAAUCACCUUAACUGCUUGCAUUUUUUUUUCUACUCCUUUACAUCAUCAACAUCAUCAGCAUCAUCCUACUUUAGUUGGAUCAAUGUUAAUAUUUCUAUUUCUAUUUCUAUUUUUUUUGCUAUGACAAACAUUUUAUUUAUAGUGAGUGAGCAUUUCUACAAAAUUUUGUGAUUAGGAAAAAAAUGUACAUGAACAACAGACAAAUUC